CCAAGUGGAACAAGUAAACAGCGACUGGUGUUGCUCCCGAUUUGACCCUCGACCUUUUUCGCCUUGAGGCGCAAGGAAUUGCAGCGACGGGAGAGAUCGCCGCAGGCCCUGCCGAAGUCGCUGCCUUCAUUUAUACUGUGUACUCCUCGAUCGCCACGGUUUGCGACAUUUUUAUUGAGGCGGGCGGAGUGUCAGCUAGGAUCAGUGCUCUGAAACCCUGUCUUCUCUUGUAGAACGAAGGUUUUUGAUCCGAAGUCUAAGGGAUGGCGAUGGCGGGCCUGCUGGCAGGCCGAGUCCUUAGAUCGGCCUCGAAAUCGAAAGGUCUUAUUUCCUCCUUUCACGACGGUGCCUCUCAGGUCGCAGCUGCGCAAUCCAGGCAUGGAUCGCUUGCAUCAGAGGCGGUAUCCUGGUACAGGCAAAACCUUGUGCGAAGCUACAGUGUCAAGUCUGGAGGAGGAAGUGACGUGAUUGGAAUAGAUUUGGGCACAACAAACUCCUGCGUGGCUGUCAUGGAAGGGAAGUUACCUCGAGUGAUCGAGAAUUCUGAAGGUGCUCGAACGACUCCUUCUGUGGUGGCGUUCACCCCGAAAGGUGAACGUCUGGUUGGUACUCCAGCCAAGCGUCAAGCAGUAACGAAUCCGACCAAUACCUUGUUCGGAACUAAACGCCUUAUCGGUCGGCAGUUUGAUGACCCUCUCACCGCGAAGGAAGCCAAGAUGGUGCCCUACAAAAUUGUGAGGGCCCCCAACGGAGAUGCUUGGGUCGAGGCUGGUGGACAGCAAUACUCCCCAAGCCAAGUCGGGGCGUUUGUUCUAGGUAAAAUGAAGGAGACUGCUGAAUCUUACCUUGGACGACCAGUAUCGAAAGCAGUAAUCACUGUGCCGGCAUAUUUCAAUGAUGCACAACGCCAAGCUACCAAGGAUGCAGGAAGAAUAGCCGGGCUGGAUGUUCUUCGUAUCAUCAAUGAACCGACUGCAGCGUCGUUGUCAUAUGGUAUGGAUAAGAAGGAGGGGCUUGUGGCUGUUUUUGAUCUUGGGGGAGGAACAUUUGAUGUCUCCAUUCUGGAGAUAUCUGGCGGUGUUUUUGAGGUGAAGGCUACAAAUGGUGAUACCUUUUUGGGUGGUGAAGAUUUUGAUAACCAUCUUCUACAGUUUCUAGUGGAUGACUUCAAGAAGGAACAAGGUAUCGAUUUGUCUUCAGACAGGCUAGCCCUGCAAAGGUUACGUGAAGCUGCAGAGAAGGCAAAGGUCGAACUGUCGUCGACACCCCAGACGGACAUCAAUCUGCCAUUUAUCACUGCUGAUGCGUCCGGUGCAAAGCACUUGAACAUCACGUUGACUCGUUCCAAAUUCGAAAAUUUAGUUCGGGAGCUGAUCGAGCGCACUAAACAGCCUUGCAAGGAUUGUCUCAAAGAUGCGGGUAUCUCUGCCAAGGAAGUAGACGAAGUCCUUCUUGUCGGAGGAAUGACGAGGAUGCCUAAAGUGCAGGAGACGGUGGCUUCGAUAUUUGGCAAAGACCCUAGCAAGGGUGUCAAUCCUGACGAAGUUGUUGCCAUGGGUGCGGCCAUCCAGGGUGGUGUCUUGCGAGGCGAUGUGAAGGACAUCCUGUUGCUGGAUGUCACUCCCCUCUCUUUGGGAAUUGAAACUUUAGGUGGUGUGUUUACCAGGCUCAUCACGCGUAACACCACUAUCCCGACGAAGAAGAGUCAAGUAUUUUCUACUGCCGCCGACGCACAGACUCAAGUUGGGGUGAAGGUCCUACAAGGAGAGCGUGAGAUGGCCAGUGACAACAAGAUGCUGGGUCAGUUUGAGCUCGUCGGAAUCCCUCCUGCGCCUCGUGGAGUACCCCAAAUUGAGGUCACAUUCGACAUAGAUGCCAAUGGAAUUGUGAACGUUUCUGCACGAGACAAGGCUACAGGAAAGGAGCAGACUAUUACUAUUCAGUCUUCAGGAGGUUUGUCUGAGGCAGAGAUUCAAAAAAUGGUGAAGGAUGCGGAGCUUUACGCUCAAAAGGAUCAGGAGAGGAAGCAGUUAAUCGACGCCAAGAACGAUGCUGAUACCUCACUUUACUCUAUCGAGAAAAGUUUGAGUGAGUACAAAGACAAAUUGCCACAAGACGUCGUGGACGCUGUGGAGUCUGCGGUGGCGGACUUGAAGAAGGCUGUUGAGGGUGAAGAUGUAAACGAAAUUCAACAAAAGGUCAACGCUGCGAAGACUGCUUCGAUGAAAAUCGGCGAAGCUUUGAAAAGCAGCAGUUCUGGUCCUGCACCAGGUGCCCCUGGAGCAGAUCAAGAGGCUGAGUACGAAGACGUGAAGGAGCAAAAGGGUAAAAAAUGAAGUACUACGCUAUCUCGUACUAUAUAAAAUCUUCAUUUAGGACCGCGGAUGUAAGAGCCCUCUUCGCACCGUGAAGACGUUGAGAUUUAGAUCUAUAGGCAACCAAGGAUACAGGCCAGGUUGUCUUCGUUUUGUAGCUUGAGCUGAUCUUCAGAUUCUUUGUAAAAGAUCUGUGCUUUCCUGAGAACGAAAGAAGAACGAGGCUGCAGAGAAAGUAGUUAUUUAAAAUCCGACACUCUUAUGUAGAGAUCAAAGCACAGAAUUUCUUCUCUCUCGAUACUUGUAGGCUGCCUUAAGUCAUUAACCCUAUUCCGUAGCGACUCUUCGUCGGCAGGGCUAGGGGCAGGAAAACGAAUAGUGUAAGGCACCUUUCUAUAGUGUGAUAUGUUGUCUCGAAACAUCUAAUUUUGCCCGCAUUCGAAUCUAAAGUAUCAUUCCGACUUUUCCGAGAACCUGUAUCCACGGUUGUAGAAGUCAUGAGUCAGUUUCUCGGGGAGUAAAGCAGUUUCCACUCCUUGACAGUACUUGCAAAAGGGAUUACAAACCGGUUUACUUCCAUUGUUUCGAUGAAUCAGA